UUACCUAUAUAUUUUUCUGUUAUGGCUAUAAACUACUCCAAGUUACUUAAUGAAGUAAUCUGCAGCUAGUUAAGAAAUGAAAAUUGCACAUCACAUAUACAAAUACUAAAAUUAGAGAGUAUGAAGGCUUUCUUGGGUGCUCUUGUUUUACUUAGUUUACUGUGGCUCAUUUUGUAUGGUAUUUUAGUCAAUCAGGAAACUAAAAAUAUCACAGCUACGACAAUCGAUCGUUUAGAUGUUUGGAAGAUUAUACAAACUGAAAGGAAAGCAGGGAAGGGAACUAGGGGUGCCACCAAACAUGGAACUGCUAGAGCAAUCAAACAUGUAGAUGUUUGGAAGAUAAUAGAAGCUGAGAGGCAAUAUCUUCAAGGAAAUCCAAAUGUCAAUUAUGUGAGCAAAAGAAGAGUGCCUACUGGACCAAAUGCUAUUCACAACAGGAAAGUAGGGAAGUAUAGAGAGCCACCCACUAGAGCUUGAGCUUAAGAAGACAUUUGCAAGGUGUCGAUCAACCAUGUUUACAACAUACAAAGCAGUGAUGACAAGUAGGGUGUUUCAUUAGAAUCAACUCCAAUAUAUUCGGAGAGUCAUAAUGGUUUUUGUUUUUAUCAUGAUUUUCUUAAAUAUUAUGAAUUAUUAACUGUGAGACUUAUGGUACAUAUAGUGGUUUUCAGAUUUGUAAA